AUGACUUUUGCUAGGAAGGCACCAGAUGGUUGUUUCUCUCUGUUCAAUAGUGAUUACCGCUUGGCUACCAGCCCCCAGCCCUACCACAUUUCAGGGUAUUUGCCAACUCUGACAAACAUUGACCCGCCUGGUCUCUCUUCUGUCCCGCUCUCGCCUGGUCUCUCUUCUGUCCCGCUCCCGCCUGGCGUCUCCUCUGUCCCGCUCCCGCCUGGCGUCUCCUCUGUCCCGCUCCCGCCUGGCCCCCUUUCUCUCUCUCUCUCUUCCCUAGCCCCCCUCUUUCUCUCUCUCUCUCUUCCUAGCCCCUCUUUUCUCUCUCUCUUCUCCCUAGCCCCUCUUUCUCUCUCUCUUCUAGCCCCUCUUUCUCUCUCUUCCCAGCCCCCCUUUCUCUCUCUCUUCCCUAGCCCCCUCUUUCUCUCUCUCUUCCUAGCCCCCUCUUUCUCUCUCUUCCUCCCCCUCUUUCUCUCUCUCUCUCUUCCUCCUUCGCCCCUCUUCCCUCGCCCCCUGUUCUCUCUCUUUCUCGCCCCUGUUCUCUCUCUCCUUCUCCCCCUUCUCCCCUUCUCCCCCUCCCCCUUCUCUCUCUCUUUCUCUCUCUUCCUCUUCAUACAGUCUGCCGUUAUCGCAAACAUGUUGCCAUCUGCAUCUUUGUUUUUCGGCCUUGAUCUCAAGCGCUACACUGGUCAUGUUUGCAUGGGAAAUUCCUGUAUUUUCUGCAACUUAAAGGUUCGGUGUCCAUGUGGUGCAAGUUCUGAGCCAAUGAUUUUCUCGGAGAUUGUUCAUUAUGUUUCUGUUACAGCUCUUGUUUCUCUUGCAAGCAAAAUCAUAGCAGUAGAUCAGAAGAUUUCGACAAGUGGGUUUGGAAUGUUGCUUCGUAAUGCUCGAAGUGAAGGUGAUAUCAGAGAUUGUCCAAUGGGAACCAAUUGGGAAAAUGUUGCAGAGAAAUGCUGCCGAAGCCACUAUCAACCCUUAUUGUUGCUGUAUGCUAACCCCAAUGGGACUCCAAUCCAUACAGCAGAAGCACCCCAAAAUGUUAUCAUGGCCCCUGGGUUUAAGUUGGGUUCCUCUUCUCAAGAUGAAUAUGUCCAGCGAUGUUGUCUUCAAGUAGAUGACCUGAUGGAACAAUGUGCCUCAGCUGAGUCCAAAGCAGACCUUCGUAUGGCCAUUUGCCAUUGUGAUAAAGCUAUUGGUUAUUGUAAGCAAGUAUUGGCGCUGGUUAGUAUUCCACCACAAGCAGUGAACUAUGUUCAAAGCAAACACCAUUCUUGCAUGAUGAAAAGAAGAGCCUUGUAUGGUAAAUACAGCAACCAACAGCAACAGUUACAAGCUGCCAAUCUUCGACCUGCCUCUGUUACAACCGUCCAGAGUACACCUGCUGAAAACACUGCUGUCAGCAUAAAAGACACCUUCGACACUGUCCCCCCCAUGAAUGGCAGCUGUCCACAACAGACCAGUGCAUGUGAAAAAAUGAGACCUUCAGAUUGUCCAUCUACUAAAAUAGAGUUGCCUUCUCAGGCUAUAAAUAGCUGUGACUCUCGUAAGAGUGUUGAUAUUUACGGAACGUUACCCAAGAACCAGCCCAGACAGUUUGAGGGCAGUUCAGCUUCACGUGAGGCAGAAAUUUACCAAGAGUUUCUCAGUCGGCAAAAACAGCUCAAUCAACAAAAUUCACUGGCAUCAAGUGGAAGGGCCUACACACCAACUCCUCACUCUAGCAGUAGCCUUGCGGGUUAUCCAAGCUGUACCCAGAUGCGUCCCUCGAGCACAAUAACGGUUUCUCACAGUCGCACAGACUCUACUCCCGAGAGUGUGGCUUCAUGUGACUCUGUCAUGACCACAGUUCCUAACCUGCAUUCUGCCAACAAUUUUGCACCUUUGCGAAUGAACAAACAAGAAAUUCGUCAGCUUCUCCAACAGGACAUGAUUUAUCGACAAGGAACGGGGAAUAUGAAUCCAUCAACGUCCUCAAGCAGCUGUAACCAAGACCUCAGUGGGUCUCGUUUACUGCCGACUGUACCUUCGCAGUACAACCAACACCUCUACACAACCCAGCCUAAUGCUCGAGAUAUGAAUGUUACCAACAACCGAAUAACAAUCCCUUCAUCUGCACCUCAGCCGUCUUCAAGUCAUCUUACAAUGACAAACCCCAUUCCAAACAACAAUGCCAGACCCUCCUCUGCCAACAGUGCACCUCAACAGAUUUCUGGAUGCACCCAGGGCGACAAUCUCGCAUAUAGCAACCAAUCGGAAAGACGAUACUAUUAUGAUGAUGAACUAUCUCGACCCAGUGUUAAGGACCUCGCCUCAAAGUUUGAAGAUGUUAGCAUCAACAAAAACGCCUCUGCUGACAACCUGUCCACCACUUCAGCAGAUGUUGGCGAAUCAAGUGACUUGUCUCGGCACUCCUUCCGCAUGCGAAGCAAAUCGGAAUCCAGUUCGACGUUACCAAAACCUGCCCUCAGCAAGCACCAAUUCCAGCAAGGAACACGCCCUCGCAAGUCUGUGACGUUUUGUGACAGUAUUGCCCUGAUUUCCCUGACUGAUGAUAUUUAUCCGCAGAAAGAUUGUAGGAGAGUUUGCGUCUUAAACCAAAUUCUGAGUACCUACACUUAA